GUAGAGAUUGCCUUGCGACGUGUUGAUCCCAGCUUGGCGCUGCCGUAUUGGGAUUCUACACUGGACGAAACUUUACCAAACCCUGCUCAGUCAUGCAUAUGGGGAAAUGAGUUGAUGGGUACCCAAGGAAGUGACGGUUCCGUUAGAACUGGAGCUUUCAGGAAUUGGCUGACGGGCUCUAGGGUUUUCACAAGAAGCAUCGGUACCACCGGUAAUCUUCUGAGAGAUGCUGACAUUCAGAUCAUUUUGAACAGCCCGGAUUUUCGACAACUUCUCGCCUUCACUGCACCGCAGACGGGAUGUCCUAACCCAGCACCAUGGACAGUGCUCGAGUAUGUUCACGGUGGUCCCCACGUAUUCACG